AUUUGUCACCUGGCUCGAGAAAGAUGCUGAGGCAGAAAGGGGUAGUGAGUGUUGGCAGCUGCAUCUUCUGAAACAGGCUGCGACUUACAGAGGAACACAUAUUUAUGUACUUGCAAAAAUGGCCUAAAUACAAAAGCUGUGGCAUUACAUGUCAGAUUUAUCACACUGUGAGACUGAAUGCAAUUGAAUACAACCGAGUUGCUUCUUGCGCAGUAAGGUUAACUUCAGUGUGCAACACGUUAAUACAAGGGGGUAUAAAGAGGAUAUUCAAUUAUAAAGAUUGAGCCAAAAAAAAAAAAAGCUGACAGUGAAGAUGAGCACUGUAUUUCAGCAGCAGGCUGUACACAGCCCUCUUGAGAAGCAGCAAGGGAUCCUGUGCCACAACUGCGGCAAGUCCUGCAAAGGAGAGGUCCUCCGGGUUCAAAACAAGCAUUUUCAUAUCAAGUGCUUCGUAUGCAAAGUGUGUGGCUGUGACUUGGGCCAGAGAGGAUUUUUCGUCCGACAAGGAGAGUACAUUUGUAGCUUGGACUACCAGAGACUUUACGGGACUCGCUGCUUUAGCUGUGAUGAGUUUAUUGAAGGAGAGGUGGUCUCAGCCCUGGGGAAGACGUAUCACCCACACUGUUUUGUCUGUGCUGUUUGCAGACAACCAUUUCCCCCUGGAGAUCGAGUGACCUUUAACGGGAAGGACUGCAUCUGCCAAAAAUGUUCACUGCCCAUGCCUGCCCACAGCCCUGUAACGAUCCAGGCAGUCAGAAACUGCUGUGGCUGUGGACAGGAAUUUAGAAAUGAACAGUCGCUGGUAGCGUUGGACAAACACUGGCACCUUGGCUGUUUCAAGUGCAAGAUUUGUAACAAAGUGCUGAAUGCGGAAUACAUCAGCAAGAAUGGAAUUCCUUACUGUGAAGUUGACUACCAUGCCAUGUUCGGCAUCCAGUGUGAACACUGUAAGAAAUACAUCACUGGCAAAGUAUUAGAGGCAGGUGACAAACAUUAUCACCCAUCCUGUGCAAGAUGUGUCAAGUGCGACCAGAUGUUCGGAGAAGGAGAAGAGAUGUAUCUUCAAGGUUCUUCUAUUUGGCAUCCACCCUGCAGACAGGCAGCCCGGGCUGAAGAGAAACAAAAGGUGACUAGAACUUCCUCUGAAAGCAUCACCUCUGUGCCAGCUUCAAGCACUUCAGGAUCCCCAAGCCGUGUCAUUUACGCAAAACUUGGCGAUGAGCUUCUUGACUAUAAAGAUCUGGCAGCACUUCCGAAAAUUAAGGCGAUCUAUGACAUUGACCGCCCUGAUAUGCUCACCUAUUCUCCAUACAUCAAUUACCCUUCUGAUGACAGGCAUAGCAAUGUGGAGUCGCCUCAGCUGCUGUCCCCAACACCCACUGAGGGCGAUCAAGAUGACAAAUCCCCCCGCCAGCGGAGACCCUCCAGCCCCAGCUCCAACAGCUCCCUGGGAUACGGGCGCUUCACUCCAACACGCUCGCCUCAGUACAGCAGAGCAGUGCUGCCCCCUGAUGGUGUUACAUGCACUGUGCGUGCUGGUAAUUACAGUUCUGUUCCCCGUAACGCCAGCACCAUAGACAUGCUCCGAUAUAACUUCGUCCCUUGCUUUAAAGGCGACAAGCAAGACCCCAUUGAAAAUAAGAUGUUGCAUCUCGGUUUGCCUACCUACGGUAGUGAAAGUGGUCGGAGUACCCCCAGCUUAUCUGCAUAUUCAGACAGCAAAUCUCCCUCCUCUACCUAUGUGCAAGCACCCAGGCAUUUCCAUGUACCAGAAACUAAGAUAAAAGAUAAUCUCUAUAGAAAACCUCCUGUCUACAAACAGCAUGUGACAAGGACAUACUGGCACGAGGGAGAGGAUAUGGAACAUGACAACAGAAAGAUGACGACAAGCUGGCUGACUUUGAAGAGUGAGAUGGAUGCUCGGUCUGGUACAGAUGAUAUAGAUCCUAGGACAUCUACUCAGAGCCUGCCUAUUGAUCCAUCACAUGCAAAAUUUCCCUACUCUAAAUCAGCAUCUCUUCCUAGUUAUGGUAGAAAUGGGAUACAUAAGUCCACUGAUCUUGCCCAAUAUGAUCCAGACAGGGACGGAAGCUGGGGAAUGAGAGAGUACAAGGUGUACCCCUAUGACGUGCUAGCGGUCACAAAUAGAGUUCGGUUUAAAUUGCCAAAGGAUGUGGACAGGACCAGAUUGGAGAGGCACUUGUCCCCUGAGGAAUUUGGCCGUGUUUUUAGAAUGACGAUUGAAGAGUUUGAUCGCUUGGCUCUGUGGAAAAAAAAUGACCUUAAGAAGAAAGCACGCCUUUUUUAAACAUAUGACAUAUAGAAUGCCUUGCUUAGCAAAAAUCCUAUCUGGAAAAAAAAAAAAAAAAAAAAAAAAAAAAAAAAACGCCACAGGAUCGCUUGCAGUGUCAUCACUCUUUGAAUAAAGAUGAUCCAGUGGAAGCCAGCAGUAAUAGAGAGAGCAACUUAUUUUGCAUGGCCGGCUAUGUGUUUUACCUGGGUGUGUGUCCUGGUCUUAGUCACAGCCGGCCCACUGCAGGGCAAAUAAUGGAAUUCAAUUGUGCAUUUAUUAUUUCAUUAAUUCAUUGAUUUAAAAAAACAAGCUUUCUUAACAGUGUGAUAGUUAAGGUCUGUACACUGAUAACACUUUGCAAUACCUAGACUGCCACGAUAAACUAUAAUUUGCAUAAUGUUACAGAACAGGUGACUAAGGUUAAUAUAAGCUAAGGCUAAAUAUACUGCGUAUCAAAAGAAAUACAUCACUUAUAUUUGAGCAUCAGCGUCAAAAGAAACUUAUCACUUAUAUUUGGAUAAAAAUCACUAGAUGUAAUCGA